GACCAGGCGGCCAGGAUGGCGAAGGACCUGUGGGUGGCAUGCUGGGUCAUGACCUCUUUGGUGAGGAUUCUGACCUCCGCGACCUGCUGCGAGGCCCUUCUUGUAAAACAGCGAGAGAGCGAAGCCUCCUUGUCGCUCCUGCUGGCGGCGCUGGCGGAGGAGGAGGCGCUGAGGGAGUGUCUGCUCGUGGUGGUCGCUGACGAGUCCUUCAGGGAGUCCCGGGCGCUGACGGAGCUGCUGAGGAGGCCCAGUCAGAGACAGACCCUGUUCGUGCGGCCCGACGGAGAGCGAGUGGAAAUCCAGUGGAAAACGACCCUCUGUCGCGCCUACUUCAUCCUCGUGAGCGACCCUUCUCCCGUGCUCGAGUGGGCGGGGCAGGCGGCCGCCCACUGGGAUUACGAAGGAAGGUACGUAAUCCUUGGCCUGACCCUGGACGACCUGACCUCCCUGACCGAGACGACGAACGGCAGGAAGACUGAGCACAUCUUGGGCAUCAUCGAGGUAAGAAGAUUCAAAGGUCAUCUCUGA